AUGCGACAAGGUCAAAACUCGUUCAAUGGGAAAGGCGAUAAGCUGCAGCAACCGCUGGCGCACUAUUGCGAUGACAAGGAUAUUGAUGACAUCGCAACCUGCCAGAAGAAGGGCAAGACAAUUCUUCUCUCAAUUGGUGGUGCCACCUACAGCGAAGGUGGCUUCAAGGACGAGCAAGCAGCCAAAGAGGGCGCCCAUCUCAUGUGGGAGACCUUUGGGCCCAAGCAGGAAGGAUCAGAGGCCCUACGUCCUUUUGGUGACACUGCUCUCGAUGGAUUCGACUUCGACUUCGAGGCCAACGUCGAGCACAUGGCUCCAUUUGCCAACGAGCUGCGCUCUCUGAUGGAUGCCGACAAGAGCAAGCAGCGAUUCUACUUGACUGCCGCACCCCAGUGUCCUUACCCAGAUCAAGCAGACAAGGAAAUCCUCAACGGCCCCGUUUACAUCGAUGCCAUUUGGGUGCAGUUCUACAACAACUUCUGCGGUGUCGACAACUUCAGCACCGACAACUCGAGCAACAAGUACAACUUCGACGAAUGGGAUAACUGGGCCAAGACAGUUUCCAAGAACAAGAACGUCAAGGUCAUCGUCGGUGUCCCUGCCGACACCACUGCCGCCAGCACCGGGUACAUCCCAUCGUCCAAGUUGGACAACGUGAUUGAAUACUCGAAGAAGUUCGAGAGUUUCGGAGGUGUGAUGAUGUGGGAUGCCACGCAGGCGUACGGCAACGACGGGUUCAUCAGGGACGUACGGAAAAGCCUAGGAGGCGCUGAUGAGUCCGAUUCCGGUUCGUCGCCCGACUCGGCGUCACCAUCGGCGCCCCCUCCUUCUCCGUCCACGUCCACUGACUCUACGAAGACAUCGUCACCGAAUACAUCGUCAACGACGACAUCGUCAUCUUCCAAUGCACCCGACUCCUUACUCUCAUCUUCCUCCUCCUCAUCUGCUACUGCUUCGCCCAAGGAACCUGAGAACACCGCCGAAGUCAAACCAACCGCCAUUCCUACCAGUCCCACCACGACCGCCAAGCCAGACACCACGGCCCCCGCGCCUACUGCCACCAAAGCCUCGGACAACGACGAUUCGGACGAAGAGCCUACCACGCCCUCAAGCGACGAUGACGACGACGACGACGACAACGACUCGGUCGGUAACAUCCUCGGAAACGACCUCAUGGGUCUUCUGGGUGGCCUUCGCUCGGCAAAUGAUGUUACUCAUGGUAUCACCCACGGGUUGAGUAACAUCCUUCGUCGCGGGCAGCGCACUCGCGACUCUGACUGA